AUGGCACCGCAGGAAGAGAAGCCCCAUGAGGGGAUUACUUUUGCGUCCCAGGAUAAGCUGCCGAAACUUCCCAUCCCCGACCUGGCCAGCAGUUGCAAUAAAUAUCUAGCUGCUCUGAAGCCUCUUCAAUCUCCUAGAGAGCAGUCCGACACUAGGCGAGCCGUUCAAGAGUUCUUGAGGCAUGAAGGGCCUGAGUUACAAGAGAAGCUGAAGAAGUAUGCGGAGGGAAGGACGAGUUAUAUCGAGCAAUUCUGGUACGAUUCGUAUCUCAACUUUGACAAUCCCGUCGUUCUCAACCUCAACCCUUUCUUCCUGCUGGAAGACGACCCAACUCCGGCACGAAACAAUCAAGUCACCCGAGCAGCAUCAUUAGUUGUAUCAGCGCUCGAGUUUGUCCGAGCAGUCCGAAAGGAAGAGCUACCUCCCGAUACAAUUAGGGGCACGCCACUAUGCAUGUACCAGUACUCGAGGCUAUUUGGGACGGCCCGAGUGCCGACGGAGAAUGGAUGUCAGAUUGAACAGGACCCAGAGUCAAAGCACAUAAUCGUGAUGUGCCAUGGCCAAUUCUACUGGUUCGAUGUUCUCGACGAUAACUCAGAUCUGAUCAUGACGGAGAAGGAUGUGUCCAUCAACCUGCAAACCAUCAUCGAUGACGCAACUCUGACACCUAUUCAGGAAGCAGCCAAGGGUGCACUCGGUGUUCUCAGCACGGAAAAUAGAAAAGUGUGGUCUGGCCUAAGAGAUGUUCUGACCAGGGAGGAGGGUUCCAAUAACGCAGAUUGUCUCAGCAUUGUCGAUUCAGCGCUAUUCGUCCUCUGCCUUGACUACACGGAGCCGGCUGAUUCUGCUGCCCUCUGCCAGAACAUGCUUUGUGGAACGAGCGAAAUCGAGAAAGGUGUCCAGAUUGGUACUUGUACAAACCGCUGGUACGACAAGCUUCAGAUCAUUGUCUGCAAGAACGGAAGCGCGGGAAUCAACUUCGAGCAUACUGGUGUGGAUGGCCACACUGUUCUUCGUUUCGCGAGCGACCUAUAUACAGAUACAAUCUUGAGAUUCGCUCGGACCAUCAAUGGGCAAGCCCCAACUCUUUGGGCAUCGACCAGUCCGGACCCCUCCAAGCGUGACCCCGAAAGCUUUGGCGAUGUCAACACAACACCGCAUAAGCUCGAGUGGGACUUGAUCCCAGAAUUGAGGGUGGCCGUUCGAUUUGCUGAAACUCGACUCGCCGAUUUGAUUGAGCAGAACGAAUUCCAGUGUCUGGACUUCCAGGGCUACGGCAAGAACUUCAUGACCUCAAUGGGCUUCUCACCCGAUGCUUUCGUCCAGAUGGCUUUCCAGGCAGCAUACUACGGUUUAUAUGGCCGAGUAGAGUGCACUUACGAACCAGCUAUGACCAAAGUCUACCUCCAUGGGCGAACUGAGGCAAUCAGAACUGUAUCGGAAGAAUCUGUGAACUUCGUUCAGGCCUUCUGGGCCGACAACCCGGCAGAGCAGAAGGUUGAGGCACUGAAGAAGGCUUGUCAAAAGCAUACAGCCACCACAAAAGAUUGCGCUAAAGCUCAAGGUUGCGAUCGACAUCUCUACGCACUGUUCUGUCUUUGGCAGAGGUUGAUAGAUGAGGAGGCUAGUGCAUUGGGUAGCGGAUUGAGCAGCAACGGCUAUUCCAGCCCCGUGGACGCCGGCUCUGACCGGGAUGCUAUGUCAGCCGUAGGCAGCCCUGGAAAGGACUCUGUCUUGUCGUCGGUGGACGGAGAAGCGAGGCUCCCUCGAGGUCGAGGUGACAGCACCGGAUCAAGGGCUGGCAGUUCGCUUCCUCUCAUAUUUGCUGACCCCGGCUGGGACAAAUUGAAUGCCACAAUCAUUUCGACCUCCAACUGUGGCAACCCAUCUCUACGUCAAUUUGGAUUUGGUCCAGUAUCAGGAGAAGGAUUUGGUAUCGGCUAUAUCAUCAAGGACGAUGGCAUCUCGAUCUGCGUUUCUAGCAAGCACCGACAGACGAAACGGUUCAUCGACACCCUGGAGAGCUAUCUCCUCGAAAUCCGUCGUAUUCUGAGAAUCACCACUCGUCGAUCGACAACUGUCAAGCAGACUCGUGCCCGCGAGAUUGAGCACAUGAGGCCCAAGCCCGUCAACCGUGUCAAGUCACGAGGCCGCUUGAUCACAGGCGCCGAGACCAUCAGGAGCCAGAACAGGAGUCAGAGAUCGCUGGCGGGCACACAGUCACCAACCGAAGAGAGCGUCACGCUUAGUGAAGACGAUGAACUUGGCGGAUACGGCUUUUUCGACGCUGGAAUGCUCCUCCAAGCACUCAAGGCACGUGGCGAGAAUCCUGACACUGGCGAGACGAAGCCUUCGGAGCGAGCUGCUAUUCAGGCUCGCAGGAGAGAUGUAGGCAAGAAGUUGAGGUUGAUUGAUUACUAG